AUGCGAAGACAAGAAGAACAGUGGCGGCUCACCGCCUUGCAGAUGUCGGUGGAGCGGAAGUGGCAUACAGACGGCUUCUCGUUAGAUGUGUCACCUAUCAUAAAUACCGUGAGCGGCUCUCGCGCGACACCUUCUGGCCUCGGGCUUGACGAAAUACACUCGGCUGUCGCAGCCGAGUGCUUUGAUGUGUCAGCUGCUGGAAAGGAGGAGGACGGCAGGCUUCGAUUGCCCCUGGGUGUGUCAGUAAUGUCGGGGGAGACAUGGCUGGAGGUGGCCUUCAAGGACAAAGCAGGAGUUGAACGGGUCUUGCGAAGAGACUUCCUGUCGGGAGUGGAAGCUCCCAAAGUGGAGGUAUGGACGAAGUAG